CAAGAAAACGCUGUCCAGCCUUUUUGCCUUUAAAACAACAGACUCUGUCUGUCAACUCUCAACCUCCUCCUUUCCGCAAAACACCUACUCAGAUAAAUCACUUUUCCAAUAAGCACUUAUCUCUCUCUCUCUCUCUCUCCUCCAUGCAACCGAGCUAAGACAGAGAGAGAGAUGGUUAGUGCUCAUCAGAGAGUUUUGGUGUUAUUAAUAUCUUUUAUCGGGGUGCUUUUGGAGACUUCAAGGGCGGCAGAGCAGCUUGUAAAUCUGACCAGGCUGCACAUGUUUGUGGAUGAACUUCCCGAUAUGCCUCUACUCAAAGGCUUUGAUGUUGUAGAUGGUGUUCCCAAACCCAAGUCAUUAAAAAUUGGCAUGUACAUGAAAAAAUGGAGAUUCCACAGAGACCUUCCGGCGACGCCAGUGUUCGCCUACGGUACACGUAAGCGCACAGCAACAGUGCCUGGUCCUACAAUCGAAGCCCUCCAAGGAAUCGAUACUUUCGUGACGUGGCGUAAUUACCUCCCCUCCAAACACAUUCUGCCUUGGGAUCCCACCAUUCCAACGGCCCUACCCGCUACCAACAAGGGCGUUCCUACUGUGGUGCACCUCCACGGCGGCAUCCAUGAACCCGCAAGCGAUGGUAGCGCAGAAGCAUGGUUCACCGCCAAAUUCAAAGCCCGUGGGCCCUCUUGGCCGAAGCGAAGAUAUCGCUACCGCAACCAGCAACAACCCGGGAACCUGUGGUACCAUGAUCACGCCAUGGGCUUGACCAGAGUCAACCUCCUCGCUGGCUUGAUUGGGGCCUACAUUGUCCGUCAGCCGGAAGUCGAAGACCCGCUUCGACUCCCAAGCGGCGAAUUUGAUCGAACGCUAGUGGUGUUUGAUCGUAGCUUUCGCACCGACGGUUCGAUAUACAUGAACUCGACCGGAAACAAUCCCUCCAUACACCCGCAGUGGCAGCCGGAAUAUUUUGGUGACGCCAUUAUUGUGAAUGGGAAGGCAUGGCCGCAGUUGAAGGUACGACGUCGUAAAUACAGGUUCCGAAUUAUCAACGCUAGCAAUGCGAGGUUCUUCAGAUUCUUCUUCGCCAACGGUUUGAGAUUCAUCCACGUGGGGGCUGAUUCGGCGUACCUUGGGAAACCGGUGGGGACCAAGGACAUUUUGCUGGCGCCUUCUGAGAUCGCUGACGUGGUGGUUGACUUUUCGAAGUCCAAGAAUGCCAACGCUAUCCUAGCCAAUGAUGCACCGUAUCCUUACCCGUCGGGUGAUCCCGUUAACACUGCUAACAGUAAGGUCAUGCAGUUUGUGAUUGUUGACCAUUCAGAGCUGGACACGUCGCACGUUCCAGCGAGGUUAAUUCAGUACCCCGUUCCUGAUUUAUUGAGUGCAUCGCGCACACGAUACAUCGCAAUGUAUGAGUACACGAGUGACGCUGAUGAGCCGACACAUCUUUAUUUGAACGGGAAAUCUUAUGAGGCACCGGCAACGGAGAUCGCGAAAGCGGGGACCGGUGAGGUGUGGAACGUGAUCAAUCUGACGGAGGACAACCAUCCGUUACACAUUCACUUGGGACUGUUCGUUGCAUUGGAGCAGAGGGAGUUGGUGAAUGUAGAGAAGUUUAAAGAUUGCAUGAAUAAAUUAAACGACGCCGUCAAGUGCCAAAUAAGCAAAUAUGCCGUUGGCAAGAGAGUAGAGGUGCCAGCUCACGAGAAAGGUUGGAAGAAUGUGUUUAAGAUGAGACCCGGUACUGUGACAAAGAUAUUUUUGAGAUUUGCUUACAUACACUCGAAUGCAUCGUAUGAGUUUGAUCCUACUGCGAAGCCUGGUUACGUGUACCAUUGCCAUAUCUUGGAUCAUGAGGACAAUGCCAUGAUGAGACCAUUGAAAAUUGUCCAUUGAGAAGAUCGACUGGAUACGAGAGACUCCCGGAUACAAAGUGAUAUAUAAUCGUUUACACAACAAAAUCUCUCCACCAAGAUUCAUAGACACAACUUUGAGUAAUAAGGAACUCCCGCGGCAAGGCAAUGUGGUAUUUUUGUCACAAAUAUUGAUUGUUACAGCUUAAGAUAGUAAAAGAGUGCGGAAAUCAUUUUCA